CUUGCAAUGUUGUUCGUUGUAUCUUCUUGCGCAAAGGCAGCAAUCACGCCAGCUACCUCCCUCGGAGCUUUGAGUCAUGCGGCACGCACAAACAAAGAGUCUGACCGCCCUCGUAUCUUCGUGUCUCCCUUUGAUAAUAGAAGUGCAGCACACCCUAAGAGGGAGAGAAUGCAAGAGAUAGGUGCUUGCAUGAGGAAUGAUGUACUUAUGUACCUUGUCAUCAAUGUGCCCUGCCAAUGAGAGAGGUCACCUGUCAUGAGACAACAGCCUACAGAGACACACAGCUCGCAGACAGGCGCAUCAUGAUGUGUGUGUGCCAACGUUUGUGCAUAUCUGUGUGGGACUUAUCGAUUGUGAUGGUUUCAAUCGAUUGGAUUGAGGCAUGGCAUUCAGUGCUUCAAGCACGGGAAAAUCAAGUGUCUGGCUGUCUCCUCGCUCUCGAGUCCCCCCAUCUAGGCACAGCCCGACCCCUCCCCCUCCCUUCUACUCACAGACGCAUGCAUGCAUAUGUGCAUCCACACGUGCACACGUGUGUGGGAUCUGAGCAUGCCUGGGCACUCUCAGUGCAUGGACCAAACACGCCACAUGAAGGCGAGUGCAUGCAGCUUGCACACCACUCAAUGUCGGGUCAGCCGACAAAUUGGUUGCAUCAGUGAGUCACUGGCACACCGUCUGAGGUGUGCAGGCAGAGGUCACAAGCGACCCCCUCUCUCCCCCUCCCCUACUCACGUCAACACGUGUUUGUCACACGCAGCAGUGGGUCUGUCUCUCUGACCAUUGCAAGUGACACACCUGACUAUCAUCCAUCGUCCUGGUGCCUUUCUACCCGUCAUGUAUGCAUGUCAGGAGCCUCAGCUCCGUCAGCAUGCAAUGAAUCGGUGAGGCUACCCCUCACCCGCCUAUGUACUCAGAGCUACCGGUCUGUGUUGGGUGUCUACCCCCACUGGAUGCCGGAGUCCGGGUACCCGCCCAUCAUCGGAGCGGACGAGCCCUCAUAGCCUCCCCCGCCGCGUCCGCCUCGCCCGCCGCCUCGCCCACCGCCCCUUGACCAGAAGGGGCCUGAGGGGCACACACAUAUGCACUCAUGGGCGGUGAUUGGCGGUUUGACGCGUCUGCCGUACCGUUGUGGUCGCCUUGGCCGCGUGGCGUCUCUGGGCGUGUGCACUUGAAGGUGUCCUCUGAUAAAAGCAACACACGCCAGCGUGCAUGGCCUCGCAGGGGUGAGCUCGAUUGUCCUGCUCACUUGGCUUGGGAGGUGCCUUGGGGAACCCCACCCCGCUCUCAGAGGCCGACUGCUGGGCCUUGACCUCCGCAGCGAUCAGGGCCAGUGCCAACUCCAACUUAAGGCCGUUCUCGAUGCCCCCGAGGCUGAGGAUGCCCUCGAUGGCCGCACUGGUGAUGCGCCAGUGCUGGAGGGCCGCGUAGGGGCUGUCCAUGCCCUCUCGCUCGGGCAUCCUCCUCAGCACCACAUCCCCGUCGGUGGUGGGCUCCUGCAGCGAGGCAGGCACCUCGUUGCGGCUGACAAAGUGGGCCGUGCCGUUGUUCAUGGUCAGCUCGCGCGCCAAGUCGUCCGCCACUUCCCAACUCACGCGAUGGGGCCCGACGCUGAUGCCGAUGGCGGGCAGCUCGGGGUCACGGGAUGACCUGUUCAGACGCAGUUGUAGGCUAGGGUGGAGGCGGCCUGGUGUCGGUGCGCUGCCGGGCAUGGGAUGGUGGUAUGUGUGGCUGUGGGGGCCGAGGUUGGGGUGGUGUGCGGAGCCGUUGAGGUUGGAGUUGUGGUCGUAGCUGUGCGGGGGAAUGGCACCGGUGCCCGGCACCAUCGGCAUCCCCAUGCCACCCACCAACGCACCUGCAACAAACACAUGGCCAAGUAAGGGCAUGUGUGGCGUGACGAGUGUGCGUGAGGCAUUCUCACCGUUGUCCAUCGUCAUGUGCGGCGGCAUCUGCAUGGUGGGUGGCGCCAUGGAGAAAGCCGUCUGCGUGACGGACGAUGCGGGCGGACCAUCCAUCGCUGCGGCCACCAUGGGCGGACCUGCUCACCCCACACACGCACCAGCCCACCAAGAUGUGCAUGCAUUAGCAUGUGCGAGCGAGCGUGUGUAUUCGUCCUUCUCACCGUGUGUGGUGGGGGCACUUGACGACGCGCUCAUGGUGUAGUUGGUCGGGGUGGUCUCGCCUGACGGGACGUCUGACACCGACACCCACACAUGGCAUGGAUGCAUUCACGCCCUUCUCCCUUCCUCCCGACCGAUGCCCACCGGAGGAUGGCCCUGAGUCAGUCCCAAUGAGGCCACCACGCAGGAAGAACUCUCGGCUGAUGUUGUAGCCCGCUAAGGGGGGCCGGACGCCUUGCGCGAAGGCUUCCAACUGCGCCUUGAAGUGGGCGUGCUUGUUGAAACUCUUGCCGGUGGUCUCUCGCAGGCGUUUGGUCUGUUCGUGCUGCCACUGGAUGCCUGACACGGACAAGACACAUGCAUUGUGUGUGUGCGUUGCGGGUGGAUUGACCACCUGGUGCGUUCAUGUCCUUCCGACACUCGCACUCGGUCGGAUCCACAUCGAAGGAGUAGCGAGGGAUGCUGGUCAAAACCACCUUCUUCGUGUCACGAUACUCCUUCGCGCGGCCUGCACGCACACAGAGAAGCCACAUGAGCGCAUCUCAUGACACUCACUUCCCGACCUCGUCCCCUCACCUCCGGCGAGAUCGACGUAGGUAUCGAAGAUGAAAAACUCGCGAGGGGCGCCAGGCUCUCGUUGCUUCACCCUCACACCACCAUGGGUGGCCACGUAGACAAACCCGCCCCUCUCCAUCUCGAAGAGGUUUUCCUUGCUGUCCAGGUGGUCGACGGCCGUGAAGACCUCGCUCAGGUGUCUCUGUGACAUCGGGUACAGCGACAGGUCUGGCCCGCCGUACUUCUCCCUGAUGGCGGGGACACAGCCGGUGAGCGUCUCCCCUAUCAUGUCGUAGCGCUCCUCCUUGAACUGCUCGCUCUCUGCAUAGACCCGUCCACAGACAAGGAGAGGCAUGUGCGUCUUUUCCCCUGCCCCCCUCUCUCUGUUUCACUCGUGCUGUGCGCACCUUUGAAUGCCCCUUCAUGGGAGCUCAUCUGCUCGUCCUUGGCGUGCGAGGUGGUGCCCGCCGCACCACCAUUGCCGCCCUCGUCCACAGCAGGCUGCUCCUGCCCCUCUACAGGCUGUGUCAUCUCCUGCAUGACACACAAGCAAGGCACACAUCAAGGAGCCGGACCGUGUGUGUCCGAUGUCUCGACAAGGAUGACUCGCUCAUCCGCUCCGUGCACAAGAACAUACACGCAUGCUGCCAUGCAUGGCUCUUCUCUCUCUCUGGGAAGCCCGUGGUGCGCAAAGGCAUGUGCAAGUUCGCGAGUAUGUGCAUCUCACCGUGUCGUGCUGGUCUUGAGGUGGCACUACGGUGCCCUCCUCUCCAGUGGGAGGCACCACUUCCCCCUCCUUCGGCACUGUCGACAUGACGAUGCCCACUCGCCACUAAAGGUCUCGCAGUUGAUGAGCUGCCCACGGACCGACAACUACACGUACCCUCCUCCUCUCAGCAUGAACUGAGAGGUCGCAGGGAGGGGGAUGGACGCUGCG